UUGGGCUUGUCUAGAUUAGGAGUUUUUAAUGUCAGGUAAAAGAAUUUAGCUCUGAAAAUACAUUGCAUUCUUGUUCGUGGAGAAGCGGCGAUUUUUCAAAAUUUCCUUUCUGAGAGUAGCGUCAAAACAGAAUAUUACUGAAUUAUCAUGGCAAACACACUUUUCUUUUUCGCUGUUCUGACUGCCGUGGUCCUACCAUUUUUUAAUUCAUUUGCGAAAUUUGUCACUGAAGAUUCUUCAUGGGCUCCUGAUUGCCCUGAAGAAAAAGGAAAGAUUCCUCGAAUGCUUCCCCAUCCUAAAGAUUGCAGACGUUUGUUUAUUUGUUACAAAGAGGUAGCAAAGCAAUACUUCUGUCCCAAAGAUCAAGUUUUUAGCGUAGAGGAUCAAGAAUGUAAGAAAGAAGGAAGUUGUAGUAAAGAUUAUACAAAGUUUACUGAAUUCGAUUCUUGUCCUUGCCCAAGCGGAGCCUUUGCAGUUCAUUUGCCACAUCCAACGGAUUGCACCAUGUAUUAUAUAUGUGAUCACUGCUUUGCAUAUCUUAGAAAAUGUCCCGACGAUUUACACUUCAAUCCUGGUUUGGAAGUUUGUGAUUUUCCUUACAGAGCAAACUGCAAAGCCCGUUUCUUGAAGUCAACAUUAGAAGAUUCAUAACACUGAAGAUGUCAAAGAAACUUUUGUUUAACUUGGCUUUUAUAGCUAGGCUGGAUAAUGGAAACAGUAUCGCAAAACUUUUCAUCUUUGAAUUAUUUCAAAAGAAAAACAAACUUUGGAGUUUGUUUCAUUUAAAGUGUAUUUCCUUCUGAUAGAAGCAUAGAUAUGAUGGGAACUGUGAUUAUUUAGAAUCGCCAACAUUUUUAUUACGCUCAUACCCUUAUUUCUACAGGGUGUUUCAAAAAUGAAUGUACCAUUUGUUAUGGUAACUGAAAGAAUAUAGGCAUAUGUGAAAGAGUUUUCUUGCUAUAUAGGUUACCUGAAGUUCCAAUACAGCAGUUAAAUUCAACAUUUUCGUCUUCAAUAUUUUUUUUCCUUUAUACUCUUACCAGAAUAUAUCUCGAUUAACUUUGAAAGACUUACACAAAUUUUAUUGGCCUUCAUAAUCAUUCUUUGCAGAACUGUACACGCCAUCUGAUAUAUCCUGUAUUUAUUAAGAUGUUUUCGAUAUUUAGAUUAUCUCUAUGCCUAUGAAAUUUAAUAUAUCAUCAUGCUUUCAUGAUGAUACAUUAAACAAAUCAUUUCAUAAAAUUAAUUCAUUUAAUUAAUAUAUCAUCAUGUUUUUAUAUGUCAUCAUGAACUGAAUUAUUUUUAAUGGAAAUGCAUCAUUUAUAUUCACAUGGUUCUGAAAAUGCAAAGAAAUAAAUCAAAACCAUAAUAAUUUUUUAAUCGAAGAAAGAAUGUUUCUGAAUGCUUAAAUAAAAAAUUGUCGCAUUAAAUACAAUUUAUGUAAUAUGUAAAGUGUUUCAAAAAGAAAAAGCAAAUUUUACUUGCUUGUAAAACUGUUAUUUCUUACAAUACAAAAACGUGUCAUAAAGUAGCUGAUAAUAAAAAAAGAAAUGUUUGCUAUGACAGCUAUUCUGUGUGCACAGUUUUUAUAAAUCUGUAUACUCCAAAGAGAGAACCAGUUUCAUUCUGCAUGUUUUCUAUUUGAUGAGUAAUUAUAAAUCGAAUUGGUGCAAGUAGCUAUGCUGCAAAUUUUUGUUGAAAUUCACGUAAUAUGGAGAGCUGAAUUAUUUCUUAAAUAAAACCAUGAAGGAGAUUACAGAGCAUCAGAAUUGAACUUUAAGAACAGAGCACAUGGUCAUCUUGAGUGUUUUGACAAAUCAGUAAUAAACAACUAUGUUCCAAUAAUGUAAAAGCUAUUGAACACAGAGGCAUAAUCUUUCGUCCUUUACUACUCAAAUUCUGAAAGACACACUUUUUAUAAUGGCAGAAAUAAUUAUUUUAAGUAAGAAAAAUCAGAAGUAAACUCUGCUUCUUUUCGUUUUGAAACGUCACGUGCUUAACACAAAAAGAUAAGAUAUUAUUGAGCUUGAGACGCUUUGCCAGCAUUACAUAAUAUUUAUUGGUUUUAAGUAAUGCAUUUUAUGUGAUAUAUUACGCAUUAGGUGUAAAUAUUUAAAUAAAGUAUUCACAUAUUUUAUUCUG